AUGUGGGGAACACGUUUAGACCAACAUGCCGCUUCUCCCUCCCCUUGGACCCUUACCCGCAGUCCGUAUAGUUUUGCUGUUAUAAGGACUGUCACUACCGUACCCUGGCACAACCGUACCCAGUCUACCCUACUUACCAAAAUCCUCCUAUUCUACGUGAUCUUCUACUCUAUACUGGUGGGUUUCUUCGCGGGUAUGCUGGCCAUCUUCUAUCAGACCCUCGAUGCUAAGACUCCAAAAUGGCAGAUGGAUAGCUCACUCAUUGGAAAUAAUCCAGGUCUCGGCUUUCGUCCCAUGCCCGACUCCGCAACUGUAGAGAGUACCCUCAUCUACUACAAAGCCAAUGACAAGGGAUCCGUGCUUCGGUGGGCGCAGGUCAUCGAUGACUUUCUUGAUGAGUACCGCAAGAAGGGUAGCGGAAGCGGUGAAGCCACUGGAGCAGAGAACCGUGUCCCGUGUAGCCCCACUUCUGCGCCGGUUGGAGAGCACCAAGUGUGUGAUGUCCCCGUAGAUGACUUCAACCCCUGCACCUCUGCCAAGCAGUACAACUUCGAGGAGGGAGGCCCAUGUGUUUUCCUGAAAUUGAACAAGAUUUUCAACUGGACUCCGCUAGCAUUCAACACCACUGAAGGCUUACCAGACAACAUGCCUGAAGAUCUUAAGCAACACAUCAAACUUGUGUCUGGCAAGCCUGAAGCAAACACGGUGUGGGUGUCGUGUGAGGGUGAGAACCCAGCAGAUGUGGAAAACAUUGGACCAAUUCAGUACAUACCACGCCGCGGCUUCCCCAACUUCUACUAUCCAUUCACCAACAAGGAAGGUUAUUUGAGCCCUCUGGUUGCUGUGCUGUUUGAGAAGCCUAGAACCGGCGUUCUCAUCAACAUCGAGUGCAAAGCGUGGGCGAAGAACAUCCAGUACGAUAGAUACGAGCGGCGAGGCUCGGUGCACUUCGAGCUGAUGGUGGACCGCUCUUAA